AUGACUUCAUUUCGACGAACAGCAGAUGUAGAAAGUGGUGACACCUUUGACGAGUUUACUUAUGAGGAAGAAGAGCUUAACGAAGUGAAAGGAUACUACAUCGUAGAAUCAUCAGACGAUAAGGUAGAAAUUUAUAAAAACCCCUGGAAGGAAGAGGCUGGUAGAGUUCAUAAUAAUGCUGAUGCUCUGUUCCGAAGACAAGAACCUAUAAAAGAAAGACAAGGAUCAGAAAGGUUUAAGAAGAGAAACGAUAAAUACGAGGAGCAUUGGAAAGAAAACAUAGAUGACAAAGAUGUAGAGAAAGAAUGGAACUGGUGGGAUAUAAAUAAAGAUAAUAAAUAUAGUGGUAGUAUGGACGAAGAAUUAGAUUAUGAAAAGUUAUAG